ACGAGCGGGGGGAAGAUGGGUUCAGAGGAGCGGAGAAGAAUACGCGCGACGAUCUCUGUUGCAGGCAAAUCGCCGUUCUUCCCGAGUUUGGAGGACCAGAGCGGCACGCUGCUGGAGGAUCCUAACUCGGCGAAUCAGCUGGAUGGCGUCGGGGUCGGUGUCGGCGUCGGCGUCGGCGUUGGCGUCGGCGUAGGCGUUGGAGUCGGAGUAGGCGUCGGAAGCGGUAUCACCGGGUCCCAAACGGCGCCGCUUUCGUCUCCGAGUCGAAGCAGUCCUCACAGUCAGGGCAGCGAGACCGGGGAACGAUUCUCCAGAAAAGUAUUCGUCGGUGGCCUGCCACCGGACAUCGACGAAGAGGAAAUCAAAGCCAGUUUCCGUCGUUUCGGAUCGCUGGUCGUCGAUUGGCCCCACAAAGCGGAGAGUAAAUCCUACUUUCCACCGAAGGGCUACGCUUUCCUGCUUUUCCAGGACGAAGCGUCCGUGCAGCAGCUGAUCGACGCGUGUAUCCAGGACGAGGAGAAGCUGUAUCUGUGCGUGAGCUCGCCCACGACCAAGGACAAGCCCGUGCAGAUCCGGCCGUGGCGAUUGAGCGACGCCGAUUUCGUGCUCGACGCCUCGAUGCCGCUGGACCCGCGGAAGACGGUGUUCGUCGGCGGCGUGCCGCGGCCGUUGAAGGCCGUCGAGCUCGCGAUGAUCAUGGACCGACUUUACGGGGGCGUGUGCUACGCCGGCAUCGACACCGACCCCGAGCUCAAGUAUCCCAAAGGAGCCGGUAGGGUCGCUUUCAGCAAUCAACAGAGCUACAUAGCUGCCAUAUCGGCCAGAUUCGUUCAACUGCAGCACGGUGACAUAGACAAGAGAGUCGAAGUGAAACCGUACGUCCUGGACGAUCAGAUGUGUGACGAGUGUCAGGGACAACGUUGCGGAGGCAAAUUUGCGCCGUUCUUCUGCGCGAACGUCACCUGCCUACAGUACUAUUGCGAGCACUGCUGGGCGACGAUUCACUCGCGGCCUGGUCGGGAGUUCCACAAGCCGUUGGUGAAGGAGGGUGCGGAUCGACCUCGAGCCGUGCCUUACCGCUGGUGUUAACCCCAGCUGUGUUCUCCCUAAUUAUCUCGCAACCCUAGCUAAUUAACUACCACUUCUACGUACCACCCCCUCCCCCAUACGUGAAUCUUCUGCCGCCCACCCUCCCCAGCCACUCGUUCAAAGUCCCCGUCCCGCUCCCCUUCCCGACACUGACACAAACACAUAUACACACACACACACACGCCACACGCACAUACAUGCGUACACUCUCCGUCUCACCUUUUGCUCAUGUAUUCUUAUAUACCCGCCUGGAGACACAGUCCCCGAGAGCAAUCUCUAUUACCGCUGCUACCCACUCGAUCGUCGGUACUCCCGCUAUUAUCCACGCAUCACUAUCGCUAUUAUCGCUACUACUAUUACCGCUCCUAUCGUGAACCACUACGAUUUUACUAUUCCACUACGAAGUUACUUUGUACUAUUCUGCUACCCACUGCUACGCGGAACGCAUUUCGCUCGGCGAAUCCAACCAAACAACCAACCAACCGAUCAACCAAGUUGCCAUCGUCGCCGCUACCGCCGUCUUCUGCCAGCUGUCCGCGUCUCGACGCGUUGAUUCUUCGAUUCCCAUCGUGCAAACAGAGAAGAUCCGGAUUCCGCGCGACGUUCGUCGAAGGGUAGAGGGC